AUGAGUCGCAUACUCACAUCCACAGCCCUCCUUGGGCUUUUAAGCCUUGUCUCUGCUGCCGGUUGCCCUUUUGCCAACCCAGGUGCCCUCCACUCUCGAGCAGAGGGUACUGAUGACCCUGUGCUCACAGCCCAGGUCGACGAUAGCACCGGCUUCUUCACGGACGAUGUGGGCGGACAGAUUACGGAGCAGAACAGCUUAAGAGCUGGUGAUAGAGGCCCUACUCUAUUAGAAGACUUCAUCUUCCGUCAGAAGAUCACACAUUUUGAUCAUGAACGAGUCCCUGAACGAGCAGUCCACGCAAGAGGUGCUGGAGCUCAUGGCACAUUUACAAGUUAUGGUGAUUGGAGCAACCUAACAGCAGCAUCGUUCUUAAAUCGUGCGGGCAAAGAGACGCCUGUCUUCGUACGAUUCUCUACAGUAGCCGGAUCACGCGGAAGCGCUGACACCGCCCGUGAUGUACAUGGGUUUGCCACGAGAUUUUAUACUGACGAAGGCAACUUCGACAUUGUGGGGAACAACAUUCCAGUGUUCUUCAUCCAAGAUGCUAUCCAAUUCCCUGAUCUAAUCCACUCGGUGAAGCCGAGUCCUGAUAGUGAGAUACCUCAGGCUGCUACGGCUCAUGACUCGGCUUGGGAUUUCUUUUCUCAACAACCGAGCACGCUUCACACGCUCUUCUGGGCUAUGGCUGGAUUUGGUAUUCCCCGAAGCUUCAGACAUAUGGAUGGUUUUGGCGUACACACAUUCCGUCUCGUCACCGACGAUGGUGUCUCUAAAUUGGUGAAAUGGCACUGGAAGACGAAGCAAGGAAAGGCUAGCUUGUACUGGGAGGAGGCACAGAUCCUAGCCGGAAAGAAUGCAGAUGCUCACCGACAAGAUUUAUUUGAAGCGAUCGCGGCCGGCAAUGGCCCCGAGUGGGAGCUUGCCGUUCAGGUUGUCGAUGAGGAUAAGGCUUUGGCAUUUGGAUUCGAUCUCUUGGACCCCACCAAGAUCAUUCCCGAGGAGUACGCCCCUCUCCAGAAGGUUGGUGUUAUGAAACUGCACACGAACCCGACGAAUUACUUCGCGGAAACUGAACAGAUCAUGUUCCAACCUGGACACAUCGUGCGAGGUGUGGACUUCACCGAGGACCCUUUGCUACAAGGCCGAAUCUUCUCUUAUUUGGACACGCAAUUGAAUCGUCAUGGUGGUCCCAACUUUGAGCAACUCCCUAUCAACCGACCCCUCAUUCCCAUCCACAACAACAACCGUGAUGGUGCUGGUCAGAAUCUAAUCCACAAGAACAUCCACCAUUACACUCCUAAUACACUAAACGAUGGAUUCCCACAACAAGCAAACCAGAACAGCGGACGUGGAUUUUUUAAUGCACCGUCCCGUGGCACCACCGGCAAGCUCACGCGGGGUCUAUCAUCGACCUUCGACGACCACUGGUCUCAACCACGUCUCUUCUACAACUCACUUACCCCCGUAGAACAGCAAUUUCUCAUCAACGCCAUCCGCUUCGAAACCAGUCAUCUUACCUCCACCACCGUGAAGCAAAACGUACUUGAUCAACUCAACAAGAUCAGCAACGACAUCGCCGUCCGCGUCGCCACAGCUCUCGGCCUCGAUGCACCAUCCCCGGACCCAACAUACUACCACGACAACACCACUGUCGAUAUCAGCAUCACUAACGCAACUCUACCAACCGUCGCUACCCUCAAAGUCGGCAUUUUGGCGAGCACAUCGAAAGCUAACGGCACGAACUCGCUCGACCAAGCUAAGAACUUGAAGGAAAGCCUCAGCGCAGAGAACAUAACUGUCACAAUCGUAGCCGAGAGCUUAGUCGACGGCGUCGACAAAACGUACAGCGCAGCCGACGCCACAGACUUCGAUGCCGUAGCUGUGACCUCCGGUGCUGAUUCGGCGGGUCUAUUCGCGUUAACAACCGGGGGAUUAAGUCCAUUAUACCCGCCUCUUCGCCCGUUGCAGAUCGCGAACGCGGCGUACCUUUUCGGAAAGCCGGUUGCGUAUUUCGGGGGCGCUACGCCUAGUGAUCCGUUAGUUGCGGGUGGUGUGGAUCCUAAGGCUGAGGGGGUUUAUGUUGGCACGGAUGCUGCGGAUGUUGUUAAGGGACUUGUGGACGGGUUGAAGACGUUUAAGUUUACGGGGAGGUAUCCUGUUGAUGCUACAUCUUAA